CCUUCAACAAAGUGCUUCAAAUGUAUUUUUGAUCACCUCUUGCCCAAAGCCCAACAUAUGCAGUACUGGAGAGGACCAAAACAGACAACAAGAGAAGCACCUCAAGACCAUAGUGACCCUGGCAUAGGCUUGCCAAAAUGUCGCCCAGGACCGGGAAGAAAGCUAGACUUAGAACAAGAAUUCCUUUCGACAAUCAUGAAGUUGAAAUUGGAUCUCAUUAACGAAGAUCUUGCAUUCAGAUUUAUGGUUUCUUCAACUACUGUCAGCAGUGUAUUUAUUACAUGGAUUAAAUUGAUGUCCAAAGAGCUGUCAGUCUUAAUCAUCUGGCCAAGCAAACAACAAGUAAAAAACACUUUGCCAGCUUGUUUCAAGAAAUUAUACCCAAAAGUGAGAUGCAUAAUAGAUUGUUUCAAAUGUUUUACCGAAACCCCUUGUGGUUUGAACCUUGCUGCUGCUUUUUGGAGUGAGUACAAGCACCAUCACACAUGUAAAGUACUAGUAGCCAUCUCUCCAACAGGGGCAAUUUCCUAUGUUUCUUAAAGCUAUGGGGGGGGAGGGCAUCAGAUGCCUUUAUUGUCAGAGACUGUGGUUUUCUGAACAUCAUUGAACCAUAUGAUGAAGUAAUGGCCGACAGGGGAUUUAAAAUAAAAGAAGACCUAAUGAUGUCUAUGGCUAAAUUUUGUAUCCCACCUACCUGCACUGCCUCUAUGCAGAUGUUACCCUCAGAUGUCAGAAAGACAUCAAAUAUUGCAAAUGUUAGAAUAUAUGUUGAACAAGCUAUUGGAAGAGUAAAAAGGUUUCAUAUUUUGAAAAAUGAACUGCCUAUAACUCUACUACCUCUUGUGGAUGAUAUCGUUAGAGUAUGCUGUGCAUUGUGUAACUUACUUCCACCUCUUUGUAAGUAA